UGGGUGUGGCGGCUCUUAUUAACUGGGACUGGAGUAACUGGAGAGCCAGAGACUGCGGGGGGGGGGUCAGUAAGUCGGGUACGGUUGUCGGCUCUAGGCCUCAGGCCUUGUCCGGCUUAUACACUCGGUGAGUGCAGCUGCUGUUCCGGCUUGAAAAGUCUAGUGUUCACAGACCCCGGCUCUGCACAGGAGACCAAUAUUCCGUGGGGGUUGUUCACCUGACUCGCUGCAGUUAUUUAUUGGGCAUGAUCUGGUUUUGUUACUAAACCAGUGUCUGGCGGGGUUUGUUUUGCUGCCCCCUCUGCCCUCGGUCCGGAAAUCUCGCUGUGGCGUCGCACAUCCUAUCGUUGGAUCGAGCCCUUACACAGUUUGAGUUUAAAUCCGUUUUAAAUUAACAGAUGAACUGAUUGGAAUUUAAAAGCGAAAGAAUACUGGAGUCCGAAACAGAAAUUGCUGAGCUUUUCUGUUUUUGUUGUUGUUGUUAGUUUUAAAAACUUGUUUUGAUUAGAGCUUCUUUUGCGAAUUGCCCGUUUCGGAAGGCGAUGCACUGCAGGUUUUUGUUUGCAUUGAUUUCAUUUAUGAAAAUCGAAGUUUGGAUGAGGAGGCGGGCCUGUCACCGUUUGUGCUAUAGAUAGUUCAUCAAUCACCUUUAAAGUUGAAAGCACGCGUUUCGAAAGUUUCGGUGGUUUCCCGUGCAGGUUUGAAUGGACACAAUCUCUAAAGCAAGACUGUAAUGUUCAGCAAUGGACAAGGAAGGAAUCAGUGAAUUAAUUUGAAGCUAAUAUAAACUCGCUAGACUGAUUCAUCAACAGAUCUGCUGUAUGGAGAUACUUUUGCAAAAUAUCUUGAUGACGUUCUUGUGUAUAACAUACGUGAGGAAUAAAGAAACUGAAAGCUAAAGUAUCAAAAUCCUGGAUUUUCAUUUGAUGAACAUUCCACCACCAGGAUACUUGUGGAAGUCCUUGGAUUGCCCAAAAUCAGAAUGGGAGGAAUUGAAAAAGAUAGACAUUAUUUUGUUGUGAUGAAAGAAUUUACUGACAACAAGAAGAAGAUCCAAAAAGGUUUAUUGGGAUAUUUCACCAGGUCAGAAAAUGGGGAAUUAUCUGCCGUUGUGGACCUUAACAAAAAGACCAUAAAAUUAGCAAAAGUGAAGCCAGAAGAUGUCCAAACAAUCAGCAAGGAUGAAGCAGAAUUGCUUCUUGAAAUCCAGGACAUGUCUCAUCGAUGUGCACUUGUUCAGAAUGAAAAUCUUUUCAAAUCCAUUUCUGUCCUACAAAUUAAUGACAUUGUACAAGUGAAAGGGGCCAAGGAAACAUGGAUAGGAAUUGUCAAAAAUAUUACAAACUCCAAACGUGACAAUGGAUUGAAACUAAAUGGAACAUUGUUUCAAGUCGAGAGUGUGGAGGGAGAAGACCAUAAAACGAAAGGGAGGAAAAACGUCAAACACACUUUAAUUAAUGCAGGGGAUAUCACUUGUGCAAGUAAUACUAAAGUGGGACCAUCUCAUUCAGAUGAUAAAGAGAAUAAAUUAUACAGUGAUGAUGCAGAAAACUGGAACAAGCCCCCAGUUGGAAGUCAGUCUCCUAGUUUAUCGCCCAGAAAUAUGGGCAGAGAAAAAUCAGAUGAAGUUUCAACCUCGGCUCAUUUAAAGAUUUCUAAACACUACAGUUCCAAAACUUUCAACUCUACACUGUCCAUUCCUGGUCAAAAACUUGCGGAGAGUGACAGUAGUGCUCUGGAGGUUGAGUCAAUGGUGGAAGUAAAAUUGCCUAAUAAUGCUAUAGUCUACGGAGUUAUUAGAUGGAUUGGUAUACCGGAAGGUCACGACAGCCUGUGGGCAGGAAUUGAGUUGGACUAUGAACUAAACAAUGCGAGUGAUGGAACGUUUGGGAAAAAUCGUUAUUUUUGUUGUGAACAGAACAAAGCAACUUUUAUACCAUUAAGGAACUGUAAACCUGAUGCCCGCUUUUCAUCAAACAUACUGAAGGAGGUAGUCAAUAGUCCAAUUCCCGCACCAGUGAAGACAAUUCAAGAUAACCUGGCCAUACAAGAGAACGUUGCUCCAGUUCAAGAAGAGGAAGCACUACAGCUUAUGAAAGGAAGAAUGAAAGGGAUUCAGGGACACCACAAUUCUUGCUAUCUGGACUCCACAAUUUUUAGCUUGUUCGCAUUCACGUCAGUGGUAGAUAGUAUACUUCACAUGCCUGGAGGACACAAUGAGAAAAUUCAACGUGUACUGAGGGAGGAUAUAGUCAACCCACUUCGCAAGACUGGAGUUGUGAAUGCAGAUAAAGUGACAAAAUUAAGGAAGCUAUUAGGAUGUGACACGUUUAUUUCGGCAGAGAAAGAUCCAGAAGAGUUCAUCAAUGUCCUAUUACAUGAAGAGCUGGCUGCUGAUCCAUUGCUGAAGAUCAGGUCAGGCCAGAAAAUUCAAGAAAGCUAUUGCUAUCAGAUAAUCCUGGAGAGAGACGAGAAACUGACCCUACCAACGGUACAGUUGCUUCUGGAGAGGUCCUUUCUCUCUUGUGACUUAAAAUUUGAGGAGAUCCCAUCAUGCCUGUUGAUUCAGAUGCCACGGUUUGGAAAAGAUUUUAAAAUGUUCCCAAAGAUUAUGCCCUCAUUGGAAUUAGAUAUCACAGAUUUACUUAGUAACACUCUGAGACAGUGCUUCAUAUGUGGAGAAGUGGCAGAGUAUGAAUGUGCUCAGUGUCUUCUGGACCCAACACUUCAUCCAGGUGCCAUAAAACAAUACUGCUUCACUUGCAAUAGACAGGUUCAUUUCCAUAAUGAGAGGAAGGACCACCAAUUCAGAAAAUUUCCAUAUCCAAGAGACAUUUCUGCCAGAUCCCAUUUUCCAAGACACAGGAUGGAACUGUUUGCAGUACUUUGCAUUGAAACCAGCCAUUAUGUUUCAUUUGUGAAAUAUGGGCCCAGCAAACAUUCCUGGCUUUUCUUUGACAGUAUGGCUGAUCGAAUUGGUGAUGAGAAUAUUCCAGAGAUAAUGGAUUGUCCACAAAUAGGUGAUUACCUGCUGAUGUCAGAGGACAAGCUGGCUUAUACUGAUCUGAAGCAGCUUGAUGGAUUUGCAAAGAGACUUUUCUGUGAUGCCUAUAUGUGCAUGUAUCAAAGCCCCAGGAUGUGCUUGUAUAAGUGAUGGGCAACAAAGUUCAAAAGGCUGACAGUGAAACUGACCUGUCAAUAAGUUAUUGGAAAUUGUCUUGUCUUCAGUCUUCAACAUUCUUGAAUGGAGGAGAUUGUUGAAUGGUUAAUAAGAAGUCUGGCAAAUGCUCCUGUACCAUUUUCUUCAAAUGAACUGCCCUGCAUGACAAAAUAACUGUAAAGGUGGCUAGCUAUUUUGACUUUGAAUUUAAACCUGUUUUAAAUAAAUGUUGGAUGCAACUAA